AAAAUUAGUAUGAAUUCAAAUUAUGUUUUGACUAAAUAUUUCCGUAUUUCAUAUCAGUUAUAAAAAUAUAUGAAAGAUGGCGACGGUGUCCAGUUUUCGAUGGUUGUUUAUAAUUUUACAGAUUACAUGCUCUGCAGGUUCUACGACGAAAUCUUCUACUGUACAAUCUACUACUGAAACUAGUACAAGUAAGAAAGUUUUGGAUGCUAUAAUAUCAUUCUUUAAAAGUGAUUCCAUAAUGUACUUCUCGGCGGGUUUUAUGACAGCCGCUUUGAUUUUUUCCAUUGGCUGUUUUGUCUCAAAAUGCAAGACGUCACGAAGGAAAAAUGAUGAUGCAGAAAAUGCUGAACUUGUCGAUGACGAAGACCAAGUGUUUGCAUCGGCACACGAAAACGAGUAUGUUAAUGAAGGAUCGUUCGAAUCUGAUCAGAAAAGUUAUGCCUACUGCCAUAUUGACACGGAUCAAAAAAGUUCCGAUGACUUUUCUCAAUCAUCAACAUCUAAAAAGCGAUAUAAUCGAGAAUCGUACGAUCUUGUUGACCAUAACAGGAUAAAAUCGUCGUUGCUGAAUGAAAAGGAAAAUCCAAAUCCGUAUAACCAUGUGACAAUCGAUAUGGAGGUUACCGAAUACGACAACGCAAGUUUCUUAAAGCCAAGGAUUGAAAUCAUUGAUCCAACAUAUUCUCAUUUAUCAGAUGUGAAAUUACAGGAUGAAAAUCCUAGUUUGACGACAAAAAAAGACGAUAAAGGAAAAAAGGAACACAGGUCAAUGGAUGAAAAAAACAAUUCAAGUAAUAAAAAAAAUAAAAAACAAAAGACAACGGAGAAAGAAAAGCAGAAAAAAACAGAAAGGAAAAAAGAAAAUAAACAGGAAAAAGUAAAAGAAAAAGGAAAUCAAAAACAAACAAAGCUUGAAAAUGAAACACAGAAACUAAAGAAACCAGAAACAGAAAAACAAAAGAAAAAGCAAAAAAAUCCGGAAAAAGAUAAAGGAAAGCAAGUGAAUCAACAAAAAGAAACCCAUAAACCAAAAACGCAAGAAAAUGAAGCCUUAAAACAAAAAGAAACAAAAUCAGAAGAAAAGAUGAAAAUCAAACAGGAACAAAGAACCGACAUAAUACAAAUAGCAAUGGACACGGGAGAAUAUAAAGUCAUUAACAAUUGUGAAAAUGAUGGAAAAAAAGAAAAGACAAUUGAAAAUGACAACGAAAAUGAAAAUCCCUCAGAGGAUAAUAAACUAAAUCGACACAAAUUUGGUUACUCCUUAGUUCAGAAACAAAGAUCCAUCCCAAAUGAAGAAAUAGCGCACACAAUAGAGGGAUCACAAACUUUUGAAAUUUUGUGUGAUCAAGAUGAUAGCUCUUACCAAUUAACUUCUAGCAGCGAAGAAAGUAAUGAAACUAGUGAAGUUUCUACUGGGAGUAACAGCAGAAAAUCAUCAGUUCCAGGUGUAAGCGAUGAAACUUCCGGUAGCGGAAGCGAAACUGAAACCGAUAAUUUAUUGCCACCUGCGAUGGCGAUAAAUAUCUUGUAUGAGGAUGUGUCCGUCUCCGAGGGAAACGUCUUAAUUGGUCCAAUAGCUGAGACCUCUGAGUCAGAAUUUGAAUCGCAAAAGGAAGAUGGAAAUAACUGAACUCGUCCAAGUUUUUCUUUCUGUAAAAAUAAUAAAUGAAAUAUAUGUACAUUGGCUGACAACUCAUUGAGGCUGCAAUAUAAAAUAAUUAUUUUAUCCAUUUAUAAGGACAGUACUUUUCACUUUCAAAGGAAAUAAAACAUACAGGUAGGAUAAGGAAAACGUAAAGGUUUGGUUCAUAAGCGGGUGUAGUUAGAUAAAUUAAGACAGUUCUGUUGUCUCAAGAAAGUAGAUAUCCAUUUUCGAUUGUUAAGAAUGAGUGGUGUUCUUAGAAAUAUGAUGCGUAGUUUUAAAAAUUGUGAAAUAGAAGAAUGUACAAAUAUUCAUAACACAAAAUUCCCUACACAUUGUAUACUGUCUGUAAAACCGGUUGAUGAGAUUUUUUCAUCUGAGCUACCGCUGGUCAGCCAUUGCGAUAAGAUCGUGAAAGAUCUGGUAUCGGAUCGUGAAUGCAAUCAAUUUUAAAAAUUUACCAGAAAGAUUUACUUCAGUGGCCAUUUUUUAUUACUAGAGCCUAUGACAAACGAGAUGAUUUCAAAUUUCAACAAUGAAAAUGAGUUCUAGGUCAGAUAAACAUGCCACCAAGACAUGUACACCUUACAAUUAUAUUCCAUACACCAGCUACAUUGGUCCUAUCGCAAAUAGUACUUGAAAAACACUAAUAAACUGUUAUUACAGAGAUA